ACUUCAAGCGUCAAAACAGAGUUCCAUUGUCUAAGGUAACGAAGUAAGGUAAUUCGUUGUUUUUGAUCAUAAUCGAUGGCUACUUUGUCUACUGUCCUUGACAUUCCUUCUGCUUAUCAGCUUCAGCUGGUCAAGUAUGCCAAUGUGGCAUGUUUAGCUAUUCUGGUAGCAGACUACGCUACCACAUUCGAACAAGAGGUUAACCUGGUGUGGAAGUCGAGAUGGGGAACUGUCAGGGUUUUAUAUACUUUAUCUCGUUACGCUAUAUUCGCGGCAAUGGCCUUAUUCUUGGCAGCUAUCCUGGAACCGGAUACACCACAAAGAGUAUGCAAGACCUUGAACUGGGCUGUGACAGGGUUAUUGUUAUGUGGAGUUUCCACUUCAGAAGCGAUACUUGUUCUCAGGACACUCGCGGUAUGGGAUAACGACAGGACAUUACGCGCGUGGUUGAUAUCUUUCUAUUUGGUCAUUGCCGCAGCGUUCAUACCAGUUUCUAUACUAUUCACUGUUUCUUAUGGCGAUGCGGUCGACAUCCCUGGAUGCAGGCCAGUUCUUAUGAGGGAAGACUACAUGUACGCAAUUUUAUUUUUGAUGAUGCUCUUCAACACAGUUCUUUUAAUUCUGAUGACAUAUCGUGUAGUCAAACACUAUCAUGGAUCGAAAAAUCCCCUCUUGCG